AUGCAUAUCGUUAAUGACAUGAAAUGGUUCAAGAAAGAUACUUUCCGCCCGUCCAAUUUAAAAAUCAGCACUGCAGACGGGUCCACUACCCUUGGAAUUGAAGGAACGGGAGUUGUCAACCUUAUCUUAAAAAGCCCUGAUGGGUUUCCAGUGAAUACAUCGCUAUCGGAAGUUGCCUAUGCUCCUCGAGGAAAAUGCAACCUAUUUUCGGCAGGAGUGUUCACCCGAAAGGCCAAAUUAACCGGCAUCUACAAUGACCGGUACAUGACAUGGAUAAAUGAUGCCGGACAUACGAUAGGACAUGCCAUCUUCGGCAACGGUCUGUAUCACCUUGACACCGCGAAACCUUCACAUGAUGAGACACCAGGUGAUGUCGUCGCAGCCACAGUGGAUUUCGAUGAUCCUGUAUGGAGAUGGCACCGGAGGUUGGGACACCUAGGCUUCCAAAACAUGCUGAACCUGCUGCGCAGCUCAACUGGGAUGGAAAUCACCGAGAAGCAGAUCAAAGCCAAGCUCAAGGCCGUAUGUCCCAUAUGCGCGACGACAAGGGCCUUGGUUAAGAUUCCGCGUGACCCCGCCACGCGUCAUGCUCAACAACCGGGGUGGAUGAUACACAUGGAUGUAUGGGGACCAUACCCCAUUGAAGGCUUUGAUGGAACCAGGUACUUCUUGUUCAUCACUGAUGACUGUACACGAUAUACGUGGAGCGCUCGAUUCGAUAAAAAGUAUCAGCUCUUCGAAGUUUUCAAGUCGCUGGUCAAACUGAUCCAAAAGGUUUUCAAUAUCACCAUCCGGUGCUGUCGCUUCGAUAAUGAAUUUGAAAGAGGUCCGAUUGGUAAAUGGUGCAAUUCUCAUUCCAUCGCCCGAGAGCCCAUCGAGCCAUACGCCCACUAUCAGAAUGGUGUUGCUGAGAGGACAAACCGUACGAUUCGUGAAAAAGCUGCGCCUAUGGUCCAAGAAAUUUCCAUUUCUGGACAAGUCUCCAAAAUCAUCUCUGAGAAGGGCACCGAACUCUUGCGAACGUCCAAGAUUCCCGAGAAUCUCUGGCCCGAAGCUAUACAACAUGCGGUUUGGCUGAAAAAUCGAGCCCCGGCACGUGCAUUGCGCAAGAAGGAUGCAAAAACACCAUAUGAAGCCUUACGGGGAGUGAGACCAACCCUCACAAGAGAGAGAAUAUGGGGCAGCCGAGCAUAUGUCACGUAUCCGCAAGAGCUGAGGAACACCGCUGAGAUGACGAAGUUACAUAACCCCCGUAGCUGGCUAGGCUACUUUGUCGGAUGCGAGAGUGAAGCAAUUUAUCAUAUCUAUUCCCCGCAAAAACACAAGGUUUAUCGUAUCGGCGUUGCCAGGAUCGAAGACGGUGAAGGCCUGAGCGAUUCUCAUGAUGCGCCAUGUCUAGAAGAUAGGGUUCCUACCCCAGAUGCUGAGAGGCCGAGCAACAAUCACUCGGAACAGGAGACUGAAACUUCUAGUGAUUCAGAGAGUAACUACGACAACAGUGGCUACCGCCAUGAUCAACAGAUUAGAACCUCCCCAGGCGAGGAAAUUACUGACCAAGAGCACCAUCUCUCAGAAGCGACGCAAGAGUCCCAAGAUGAAUCUGAAGACGCUGACGAUGAAGAUGAGACCGAUGGCAGAGACUUGGGUCCCGCAAUCAUGUCCAAGUAUUUCAAUCAAUACAAGCACGCCGGCAUGGCUAAACGCAAGGCUCCCGAUGACCCUAUAGUAGCGCCACGGAAAAGUCGCCGGGCCACUCACGGACUACGCGACAUCGAACUAGACCAUUCAGACUCAGAUUUAUCAGACUCGAAUGACGAUUCCUGGUACUACUCGGAAGACGGAAAGAUCUCGCAGGGUUACUGGCAGUUUGUCGCAAAACAUGGCGGUUUCUCCUCAGUGGGACCUCUUGAGGAAGGAGAUCCGUCUGAUGAUGAAUGUUCGCAGGAUAAUAAACACGUCGCGAACUGCAAUUAUCGGCGAUCUGAUGGAACGUACGAAUCCUGGGCGAUCCGGCCAUUCGAGAUGAAAGGUCUGGCCGAGCCGAAUCUUCGGGAAAAUUACCAAACCUACGCUGGUCGGAGGAAGCUUCAAGUUUCUCACGAGCCGGGAUCAGUGAGAGAGACGAUCGAAUCCAACUCACAUGAUACUAAGAAUUACAAUCGACGCGGGGCGGCCAUGGAUAGCGACAAAACUUUCAAAUUUGGCCUAUCUGUAUACUCUGAACAAGCUACACCACCUCUGCAGCUGAAGUUCGAUGGUACUGGGAGUUCAAAGUACCACCAGGCUAAGAUGGAAGAAUUGAAUUCGCACAAACAAAAAGGUACAUGGAAGGUCGUACCACUUCGGCAUGGCAUCAAACCGGUUACCUCACGGUGGGUCACGACGGACAAGUAUGGACCAGACGGCGAAGUCACCAGGCGGAAAGCUCGUCUAGUGGCAAGAGGUUUUCAACAAGAAGAGGGCAUUGACUAUGAGGAAACGUUUGCUUCUGUAGUCAAAUCUACCUCCACCCGCAUCUUGCUCGCGCUGGCGGCACUUUGCCGUUGGCACAUUCACCAGGGAGAUGUCAAAACGGCGUUCCUAAACAGCGACUUAGACAAACCCGUCUACAUGAAAGCUCCGAGAGAUGUGCAGUUACCUCGUGGAUGCUGUUUACUGCUACUGAAGGCCCUUUAUGGCCUGAAGCAGUCACCUCGAGCGUGGUAUCAGAAACUCCGAGAUACUCUUGUCCGCUGGGGUUGGCGGAUGUCUGCCUAUGACCCAUGUGUUUUCAUCAAUGACGGAAAAGGGCUCAUCCUCGAAGUUCACGUGGAUGACAUAAACGUGAUGGGUAGAAGCCUACAGGCAAUCCUUGACUUCAAGGGUCAAUUUUCAAAGGAAUUCCCAAUAACCGACCAGGGGGAGUGCUCCUGGUAUUUAGGAAUGCACAUAGAGCAAAAGCCUGGAGAGAUUCAUCUCCAUCAAAAACAAUAUAUCGACCAAAUGGUCGACAAAUAUGGCUUCAAAGAUGCAGCCCCUGCCAAGACUCCCCUGGACGCAAAAGUCAAGCUAGCAAAACAGGGCAACUACGUCGCCAACACCAAAUUCCGCAAAGAAUAUCAGUCGAAGGUCGGAUCGCUCAACUUUAGCAGCAAUCAGACAAGACCGGACAUUGCCUUUGCGACCGGGUAUGUAGCUCGAUACGCAUCCAACCCAAACCGGGCCCACAUGGAUGCCGUGGAUCGCAUUUUUGCAUAUCUGAAGAGCGACGCGAGGAAAGGAAUUGUCUAUUCAGACAAACAUGGUCUUCAGCUGACGGGCUUUGUCGACAGCGACUUUGCCGGAUGUGAGGACUCGCGCAAGUCAACAACUGGAUGGGUGUUCACGCUUGCCGGAGGGCCCAUAUCGUGGUCAUCCCAGAGACAAAAAACAGUUGCUACAUCAACCAUGGACGCGGAGUAUGUUGCAUGCGCCGAGGCUGCGAAGGAAGCUAUGUGGAUUCGCAACUUUAUUAAUGACCUCCGCAUCCCCGGAGUCCAUAUCGAUACGGUUCCCCUUUAUAUCGACAAUAACGCAGCCUUGAAGCUCACCAGGAAUCCAGAGUUUCACAGCAGGUCCAAACACAUUGACGUCAAGCAUAACUUCAUCCGGGAAAAGGUGGAGGAAGGACUUAUCAAUACCCAGCGCGUCAAUACAAAGGACAACUUGGCAGAUGUUUUCACCAAAGCUUUACCAAGGUCUUCACACGAAGACCUUGUCGAGCCUGUCAUCGACGAACGCCUUCGUGAUCUACGAAAGCAGCACCGAGAAGAGGCGGAGUCUGUUCGGGGAAAGCUAGCUCCCCUUGCACCAACUGUCAUCCAGGGCGAGAGUCACCAAGACUCUGCCUGA